AUGUCCGCAACAGGAACUCAAUGGCUUCAGUUCUCGGCGCCACGAGCGAAGAGGAAGCGCGCAGAAUUAGCGUGUGAAACGUGUCAUUCGAAGAAGAUUCGCUGUGACCUCCAAGCGCGUACCCUGCAUGGAGGUGCCGAUUGCUCCAAUUGUAUCUCAUCUGGUAAAGCAUGUCGAGUGCGCAUACCAAAGCGGGACAAGCUCCGCCAGGCUCCAGGAAAUGAACUUCUGCAGCCCUUGACUCCUCCUCCGGGCGAUGGGAGUGGAAAUCGACACGCCGUCAAUGAUGCCGGCAACCCUUCGACCGAAAAUGAGACCGAUAUCGAGGUACCCCCCUCACUGAAUCACGCGAGCAAUGCCCAAGUAUACCAGGCACGGCCUUCCUUCACCAGCUUUGGCCAACCAACCAUUGAAAGUCCGACCGAACGACACGCCGGGAGAGAAUCGGUUGUGUCCAACAAUGCGUCACAAGACUGGCGAGCGUCUGAGAACGGAUCAGUCCGCCAUCUUGUCGAUACCGGCUAUUUGCAGGUCUACGGCCCAGAAAACGACCACGACGCCAGGAGCCAAGCUGUCUCAGCUAGGAAGCAGCCAGACUUCCUCGGUGUGUCGCAACCAGACCUCCAGCAGAGCUUUGCAGAGACCUACUCUAAGUAUUGUUACCCAUGGUGCCCAGUGUUAGAUAGAGCGACGCUGUUCAGUGAUUUGGCACGCUCUCCACUCUUAGAUAACGCGCUGGCACUCGUCGGCAGUCACAUCCAGCCUCCAAUGAUUCCUCAUGCAGGCCCGGCGUCGUACUAUGACUGCGCCCGCCGGAGAUUCUACGACGACGAGGAACCUGAUCUUCUCACCUCCUUGAUAGCCGUCUCCUUGUUCUACUGGUGGUCGCCGAGACCUCCGUCUGUCGUGCACAGGCAUUCGUCGUGGUGGUGGACGUCGGUGGUGAUCAAACAUGCUCAGCAGGCGGGCUGGCAUCGUGAAUCCGAACGACGCUCCAGCAAUGAAGUCAGGUUGCGGAGGAGGAUAUGGUGGACGGCAUUCGCCCGAGAGCGGCUGACUGCCAUCUGCCAGGGCAAGCCAUGUGUCAUCGACGUAGAGGACUGCAACAUCGCCGAGCCAACUCUCGAUGACUUCCCUGAGCUCGAAGAUAAGACAGACGCGGAGAUAUUCAUACACUGGGUACGUCUUUGCGCCAUCAUCGGACGUGUCGCCAAGUAUCUGUCACGUUCAUCAAACGGCUCGCCAGCGUCUUUUCCCUCACACUUGGCUCGGGAGUUGAUCGACUGGAUUCGUUCGUUACCGCCGCAUCUACAACUGCCAAUUGGUAUGGGCCACACAACAAACUUCAACCGGCACGUGCACCAGUUGCAUCUGCCGUACUUGACAAUCAUCAUUGUUCUCUAUCUCAAGAGAAAUUCCUCUCAACCUAUCCCCCAGGCGCUCCCUCCAGCCAUAAUGGCUGCCACUUGUCUGGCGCGCAUCCUGAAGGAUAUCCUCAUCAGAAGUGGCACUAGAGGGCUCAUGGGCAUAACGUGUUGGUAUUGCGGUAUGGGGUUCAUUCCGCUGUUACAAGCUGCAAGAACUGAACACCUGAGGCCUGGCGCCGAUGCCGACAUCGACAUCCUCACCCUCGCCGUUAAAGAACUGAAAAAAAUGUGGGCCACCGCUAAUGUCUUUGAGCAAGGAUUUGCUCGGCUUCGUGAGAGCUUCCGCGCACAAGCGCCCAUCGAGAGCUCUGGUCAGCCCAAUUCGCUACCCUCUGAAGGUGAGGAGGAUUUGCUGCACGGCGGCAUAGACUGGAUCGACUACUUUCCCUUUGUAACGACGCAGACAAGUCCGGUGGUAGGGAAGCUCUUGGCGCAAAAGAGCAUGGACUUGUUCUUGUUUCCUGAUCUGGACGAUUCGUCCAUGUUGCACUUCCAAGACCUCUUUGAGGGUCUGGACAGUUGGACAGACCCGAAGCUGUUCAUGUGA